UGUGGGUGCGGUGCCUGAAGACCUUCUUUCCGCAGAAGAUGUCACAAGCCGCGAAAGGCUCCUAAAUCUCCGAUCAGUCUCCAAGCGAAGACUCCGCCGACUGCAACAGAAUGGCUUUCUCUCGCACAAAACCAUGUCAAAACGAAAUCGCCAUUUAUACCCCGUGCCCAACAAGUUUGAAAGGCCCAGCCACGCAUCGCGAAGGUCACGACAUAGACGCAGCCCUCUUGAACUUCGAUCCACCGAUGUUAGCACAACAGUUACGACCACAGUUGCUGCCGCAACAUCCUCUGGGGUUACCAUAGCGUCUUCGAGUGGAAUGGUUUCAGCGACAACGGAGACGAAUUCUGCCAGAGGCGAGGUUCGCACAGCCUUACCCAAGGCGACAGCGACAGUUCAUCGUCUGGCGAUCCGAUCAAACACGAUUGUUGUGGAGGACGGUCUCGUUCGAGCUCGAUUGCGUUAUCUGAUCCAGCUGCACCAAGCCAUCCAGGGCGUACACAAAUUAGUCUUCGAGAUUCGCAUAAAUCCGGAUUUUCGACCAGUCUAUGUUGGGUGA